UCAGCUUUAAAAGAUAAUUCUCCCAUUCGUAUUGUACUCACAAACGGUUAGGAUAUCGGGGAAAUGUCAGGUCGUGGCAAGGGAGGCAAGGGUUUGGGAAAGGGCGGUGCAAAGCGGCACCGUAAGGUACUGAGAGAUAAUAUCCAGGGCAUAACGAAGCCGGCCAUCCGUCGUUUGGCUCGCAGAGGAGGCGUGAAACGUAUAAGCGGUCUUAUCUACGAGGAGACUCGAGGCGUGCUCAAGAUCUUCCUCGAAAACGUCAUUCGCGACGCUGUAACCUACACGGAACAUGCCCGCCGUAAGACUGUUACUGCCAUGGAUGUCGUGUAUGCGUUGAAGAGGCAGGGCCGUACAUUGUACGGAUUUGGCGGUUAAUAUGCUGAUUUUGUGUAUUAGGGUUAGUUUUUGGUGAAUGUAAAUCGGGGUUUUAAGUCAGUGUUGUUUUGAUCAGAUCUUAAAUUGAUUUCGUUAAUGCAACAUUCCUGUUCUCUAAUGAUUUUAUGUUUAAUUUAUUCAUGAGUGUAAUUGCUGAGUCUAUUUCCAUAUCAUCUUAAUUUGUGCUU